GGAACUAGAAGGAUUCCUCCAGACAGUUGCUGAUAAACCCGGCUAUGGUUCUAGUAUUCGACUACUUACUGGCGGUACUGAUAUUCUGAUUAGUCUUGCCUGGUCCGUAGUCGUAUCGAGGGGCCAUGACCUCCGGAGCAAUCUGCACUGACUCAACAGGAAAGGAGGUGGUGAGCAUGGGCGUGGCGAGCAUGGGCGUGGCUGCGUGUGAUGAAGAUUCGAGAUGGGCGUGGGAGAGUGUCAGAGUUAGCUGCUACUGGCACUGAUGGCCACAACAACGCUGUCCAUGUCCCAGUUCUGGUUCAACACAAGCGUCGCAGAACUGAGUGUCACACAGGGUGUCGGCUUGACGGUAGCUGUAGAGGAGUCUCCGCUAGGGAGAGAGGAGAGUGGCAACGUGUCGGUGGUGUGGCCGGCAGGGAAAGGUGGAGAGACUGUGUGGGAGGAGGUUACUGUGCUGGUAGUUAAGUCCUUCCUGAUGGGCAGCAUCAUACUAGUUUCGGUUAUGGGCAACGUGCUGGUGAUCAUCAGUAUAGGACUGAACCGCAAACUCCAGCUUCUUACCAACUACUUCCUGGUAUCUCUCGCCAUGGCUGACAUGCUGGUGGCUUCCUGUGCUAUGACAUUCAAUGCGUCUGUAGAAAUCUCUGGACGGUGGCUCUUUGGCUACAUCAUGUGUGAUCUCUGGAACUCGUUCGAUGUAUAUUUUUCAACAGUGUCUAUAUUACAUUUAUGUUGUAUUAGCGUUGAUAGAUACUAUGCGAUAGUUAAACCUUUAGAGUACCCUCUCUACAUGACUAAAGGAACGGUAUUGUUUAUGUUGGCUAACGUGUGGAUGGCACCAACACUCAUAUCAUUCAUACCAAUCUUCCUAGGGUGGUAUGCCACAGCUGAUCACUUGCAGUUCCGCGCCCUACAACCAGAUACCUGCACCUUCGAGGUUAACAAAAUAUACGCCAUAUCCUCUGCUUUUUCUUUCUGGAUACCCUGCACGGUGAUGCUGGUUUUGUAUUACCGUAUCCUGCAAGAGGCCAGGAAGCAGGAGGCAGCUAUUCUCAGCCGUACCAACAGUACCUGUACUAUAAAUCACAUCCAGCGACGUUCACCUUCAUCAACUGCUCAACAAAUUUUAGCAGCGUUUAGAUCUUCCAAUAAACCUAUACUAAAGAAAAGCAAAGGAAAACGGAAGUUUCAACAAGAUUUUCAACUUGGGCCACUCCCUCGAAUCUCCCGUUCCGAUCUCAGCAACGACCAGGGGUCAUUAUCAGUAUGCAGGUCAGGUAGUGUAUGUGGACAAAACCCGUGUACAUAUAGUAGAAAAAAUAAUAGUAAUUAUGUGAAUGAUUCAUGUCAGUUAGCGUUACCACUUCCACAGGAACAUUCGAGCUCACUUGAAGUAAGUCCUCGAACAAUAAGUCCAGAUUUGUCCUUUAACGAGGAAUCAGAUGAGAAAAUAGACGAAAGUCCCAGUGGUAAACCUCAGUUAUCUCGCAGUAGUUCCAUUAGUGUUAACGGGCACACAGGAAGGGGCCUCCCUGUUAGGGUUAUCAGCCCAGUGCCCUUCGGGAGGCGGGAGUCUAUUAAUCCUGCCUCGGGAUUAAGUCUUGGGGGUGGAGGAGGCCACAGCAGCAGCAGCCAUCCCAUGAUGCGACGAGAACACAAGGCGGCUAGAACACUGGGCAUUAUUAUGGGAGCCUUUAUCCUGUGUUGGCUUCCCUUCUUCACCUGGUAUGUAGCUGUCACCAUAUGUGGUGACAGCUGCCCAUGCCCCCAGGCGGUUGUCACUACACUCUUCUGGAUCGGCUACUUUAACUCCACCCUUAACCCCUUCAUCUACGCUUAUUUCAGGACAGAUUUCCGGGAUGCCUUCAAGAAAACUCUUGGGCAGCUGAAGUGUUGCACUCGUGAGGAGGACCUCCUGGGAUCAUUUGUCUGACCCCAGCAGGUCUGCUUCAUCGAGCUGUUAUUUAA